GCUGAUUGUUUAGCAUUGCAUCCAAAACCUAAACUGUGGUUAAUCGUAGCUAUGAUUUGUUGAUGCAAGUCAGAUUCAUAAAUGAUGGUAUGAAAUUGGUUUGUUCCAACAAACCAUAGUUAAGAUUACCCACCCUUUGCUGAGUUCAGGUGACACAGCAAGCUUCAGAUAAUCUCAAACAGAAUAAAAGCUUAUUAACUCCUCCUCCUCUGCUGCUGCUGCCACUGAUGGGAACCCAAAGAGUGCAAGCCCCAGGAGACACUAGACUCAUUGCCAACAUGAUAGACUAUGGCACCUGUAGUCCUCCAUAUGUCGUUGGACCCCAACACUUAUCACUUCUAGCAAGCCGAUGCAGGUAAUGGCCAGGGCUGAUGGGAAUCGGCGUCUAGCAGCAUCUUGAGGUCCUUAGGCUCCUCAUCCCUGAACCUUGCCUUUUCAAGACACCUGAAAGCAGCCAACGUGGAUCUGUGAUAUACAGUUUAUAAUACAGUAAUGGGUAAAAUGGCCUAGGAUGUCAAGCAAGAUUGCCGAUCAGAAACUAUUUGCAUAAGGGAUAAUGGGUAUAAAGCAAGGAGUAAUUAUUUAUGUCUCCCUUGCAUUUAAAACAAGAAAUUACAACUGCUAUGAAUCACUUUGCACUGAAUCUAGCAAGUUAGUUGAACUCUUAUAAAAAUGCUUUAUUGACUUGUUCCAAACUCAAUUAAGUGUUUAUGAACUCAGUCUAUUCUGCUACUUGCUGCAAAUUUAAUUAUUUUUGUGGAAUGUGUCUGUUCAUUUUUCCAUGUAAUACAUAUAUGUGCUCACCAAUAAUGUAAAAUAAACAGCUACAGAGCUAAAAAGCUUACGGUAAUUUCAGUGAGUUUAAAUUGAAAUUAGGUUAACUUGGCUCUUUUCUAAUUUACUUUAAAAUUUCCCUUGAUGCACUAUUUCUACACAUAAAAACCACUGCAGAAUUUACAUUACACUAUCUGUUUGUAAUGGUACCUGUCAUGGCUGCCAAGGUAUGUGUCUAUGAUCAUCAUGGCUAUCUAAUUAAAUAUAUGUGUAUCAGACAACUGGACAUGAUUCAAGGCAAGCUCAACAUUAAAUUACAAAAUUUAGAUGGGCCACUUAAUCAAUAGACCCAGCAACUAGCUUGAGCUAUCACCCCAACUCAUAAGCUUGAUGGCUUGGUUAGACAUACUGUGUAACAGAUGUCCAACAUACAUCCAUGAGCCUUAAUCAUAAAUAUGAUGCUUUCAUUUGGCAUGGGAUAAAGGACAAGUUUCUCAGCCAGCAACCUGCUUGCUCAUAGCAGGGGGGUGGGGAGUACUUUUAAAAUGCAUGAGCUGUCUUUUGUAGCCUGUUACAGGAAGACUUGGAAAUCACCAUUAAUUUUGCUUUCAAUAAUCCAUCAAGGUGGUCCUUUGUUCUGAUAACCUGAGUUUCAAGUGAGACCACAUGACAAAGAAUAAGACCUGAUGAGGUUCUUUUCAUAUUGCUUCUCCUCUCUAUUGGUUCUGUUCAGUUCUAAACCACAAAUUGAGUAAAUGGCAAAAACAACAACCCAGUGCCGACAAUCUUCUUUGAAAUAAGAUAAAACGUGUUUACUACCUGAUCGUUUUAGUAUUGUACACUUCUGAUAAUCAGUUUUACUUUAUUCUUUUUUAAAAAAAAAUCCUUAAGUGCUACUUUUGCAACAGACUAGUGAUUGUAUCUGCUCCACCGCUAGUCCAUGAGUGAAUUAGUAAAGAUGAAAAAUGGAUUUCAGAGACAAUUUCAGCCUUGAAAAGAUACCAUUUGCAACUAUGGAUAGAUUAGCUUGCUGAUAGUUUUCUCCUAAAUACUGAAUAGAUAUAGGUUAGAUGGGAAGUUAUAUAUUACAGUGUGAUGGUUAUGUGUAAUUUGGAGAGAAUGUGAACAUAAUUAAGAAGUGCAUAUUAUCUAAAGUAUCACAGUAUCAUUUUAAUCACUUCCUAAGAAAACAACUUAAAGUGUACACACUUAAUGUGAGUAUGAAAUUCAGUUUACUUUACUAAAAAUUUACACCAAUGAAAUAUGAAUCAUUAAUAAAGAAGAAGAAAAAGCCCCAGGGAAAGAAAAUGGGACACAUAAAAUAAGCAAAACCCUUUUAUUAAUAGAGAAAGCUAUAAUCUAAAAUUAGUGCAAAGCAAACAUUUUAAACAUUAUGCUAGGCUAUGUGAUACAAAAAACAACUAAAUAUGCUUUAUGAAUGAUGGGAAGGAAGGUAGGAUAUAUUAUAUGAAUAACUGGUUCACAGACAUAAGACCUAGAAAACAUUUAAACUGUAGUUAAAUAAUCAAGCACUAUGAAUAAAUAAUGGAACUAUUCAGAAAAGAGUUGCUUGGAAAACAUACAAAAGCCUUGGAAAACAUACAAAAGAGAUGGAGAUUCAGAAUUAAUGGCCAGAAAACUACAGGCACUUAGGUCUUUAAAAAGUAAAUGAUUAGGUGGAGAAUAGUGCUUAAUACAGGAAUUUUGAAGAAGAUAAUUGGUGGUAUUAUCAACCUGCAAAUACGCCUUGUAUUUUUUAAAUACAUACCGGUAUAUAAUUUAUGUUGAUCAUUCACUGAUCGAAUAUGCCAUUGUAGAGUUUGUGAGUGCAAAUUUAGGAUUCCUUUUCCUGUCUCCUGGAGCGAUCUUUUCCCCUCUCCACAAAUCGAAGAAAGUAGGCAUCUGAUUCUCACCUAGGGUUAAUAAAAGCUAAAAGUAAACUGUUAAAAUUCUACCUAUGCUGAGCCCGAGAAGGAGUUGUGAGAGGGCGCGGUUUAGGACCCAGAAGGCCGCGCCAGGCGGCAGUUGUGUAGAUCACUGGGAGACUCUAAAAGGGUCCAGUUUUAAUUCUCUCUCUAAUCUCUGCAACAGCCGCGCUUCCCACAACAGCUCAAGGUUGGGCUGAUCCCGACUGUGGCUUUGGAUUUUUUUAUCUCCGCUCCCAAUCCCCGGCGGAAACCGCAUUAACUGGCUCCUUCGCAAUGGAAACCCUCGAGGAAAAAGUGGCUUCAGUCGCUCGAGCCUGAGAUCGCGGUAUCUGAAGGAGAGGGGCACGAAAAUGAAGACGCUGAUGCGCCAUGGGCUGGCUGUGUCUUUAGCGCUCACCACCAUGUGCACUAGCUUGUUGCUCAUGUAUGGUAGCAUCGGUGGCGGCGGCGGUGGUGCUGGUAGUGGCGGCGGCGGCGGCGGAGGUAGUAGCGGCGACGGAAGCCCGAAAGAGCAGAGUCAACCGCAGCAGCAGCAGCAGGUGGCGGUGACGGCGAGCCAGAAGCCGGAGAGCCAACAGCCACUGGGCGGCAGCGGGCAGAGGCGCCUCCCCGACCGCCCCUUGGAAGGCUACAUCGGGGUCCUGGACCACAAGCCUUUGAAAAUGCACUGUGCAAGCUGUGCCCUAGUAACAAGCUCUGGGCACCUCUUGCGAAGCCAACAAGGGAAGAAGAUUGACCAGACAGAGUGUGUAAUACGAAUGAACGAUGCGCCCACACGGGGAUUUGUAAAAGAUGUUGGAAACAAGACAAGUCUGCGAGUCAUAGCUCACUCCAGUAUGCAGAGAAUUUUGCGGAAUCGCCAUGAACUGCUAAAUAUGAGCCAAGGGACUGUAUUUAUCUUCUGGGGUCCAGGCAGCAACAUGAGGAGAGAUGGAAAAGGAUUAAUUUAUAACAAUCUGCAACUGAUGAAUCAGAUACUACCUCAGUUAAAAGUAUACAUGAUAUCCCGGCACAAGAUGCUUCAAAUUGAUGAUCUCUUCAAGCGGGAAACUGGAAAAGACAGGAAGAAGUCAAACACUUGGCUGAGCACUGGGUGGUUUACAAUGAGCAUCGCAUUAGAACUAUGUGACAGGAUAGACGUCUAUGGCAUGGUGUCACCAGAUUUCUGCAGGUGGUUGGCGUGCACCGCACAGAGAACACUCCAAAUACAUGGACCAGUCCUGACAGAAUCCUGAAAAAAUAUGCACCCUUCCCACGGCCCAGCAUGUAACAGCCACAAGGUGACGAAACAGUGAUUGAAAGGAUCUUCUCUCGUUUGGAAAUAGCACACAAAACAGAAGUUUAAGACAUUACCAGUCCUCAGUUUCUUAUUGCAGAAUCAGUCAUUUCCCUAGCUUCUCAAAACAAACCGAUAAAACACUAGCAAAGUUUCCACAAACAUGCAAUCCUUCCAAUCCGGACACACAUCCACAAACAAUGGCCCACAACUUUCUAUAAAGCUUCACAUCUGGGUUUAAUAAGGUUUCCCUUAUUUUAAUCAUUGCAAGGUGUUUAGUCACUCAUCCUGGUUUAGAGGAUUUUUGUAAGGAAGAAGGUGGGAAAAGUCACAUUUCCCCCCAAUAGAACAGAACUGUUGUCAUGCAAUAGUUUUGCUCAGGUAAUGUGUCACCUUUUGACUGCCAGAUUUAUCACCCAGUACAUAAUUUGUAUGUUUGUGGCACCUCCAGUAUUGCAUUGACAACAUAGCUUAAAAUAUAACACCCCAAAUGCUGAAGUCUAACUUCCCAAUGAUUCUGUGCACUUGUAUGUUAAAAGAUGACUAAGUCAAUUUUAGGAAGCCUUGUAAAGGGAAAGCAGGCCAGAAUCAUUGCUCUACAGCAGGCAUCGCCAAACAUCGGCCCUCCAGAUGUUUUGGACUACAAUUCCCAUCUUCCCCAACCACUGGUCCUGUUAGCUAGGGAUCAUGGGAGUUGUAGGCCAAAACAUCUGGAGGGCCGCAGUUUGGGGGUGCUUGCUCUACAGGCAGCUCAUUUAGUUGCUGUGUGUAGUAGGAUAGAUAUGGAACUGGUGACCAGCAAAUCUUCUGUUGUGGUCACUUGCACAUUUUAUUCCACCAGAUUAGUUUU